CGUCCCCACAAGGUGCUGGGCAGACCAGACGUGGGGGCGUGUAAGAAGUGACGGCGCCUUGAAGGAGAGGUGACAAACAACAAGGUCUAACACGGCGGGGGUUGGCAAGGCAUCGCACAUCGCACAUUGAUAUCGCUGAGACCGCUUAAAUGUCCGGUGAUUCUGGAGAAAGCGGCGUGAUGGACGCCUCCAAGGGGACGCAGCCUUGCAGCGAUGAACCGUCGAGCAGCGGGAGGGACCAGUCGACAGAAGUAGCUAGGCCAUCGCACUUGAAGUCGAAACCGGUGGUGGUGAUAGUGAUUGGGAUGGCUGGAAGUGGGAAGACCACAUUGAUGCAGAGGAUGAAUGCCUACCUACAUCAGACCCGGGGGCGUGGGUAUGUGAUCAAUCUGGAUCCGGCUGUGUCGAGCUUGCCAUUUGGAGCAAACAUUGACAUCCGCGACACGGUCGACUACAAGAAUGUGAUGAAGGAGUACAAGCUGGGACCCAAUGGUGGAAUUCUCACAGCUUUAAAUCUCUUCUCUACCAAGUUCGACGAGGUUAUGAACCUGGUGGAGAGGCGAGCCUCCGAGCUCGACUAUGUGCUUGUGGACACUCCUGGGCAGAUUGAGAUAUUCACUUGGUCGGCAUCCGGAGCCAUUGUGACUGAAGCCUUUGCAUCGACUUUCCCAACUGUCAUUGCCUAUGUGGUGGACACCCCCCGGUCGACCAGCCCGGUCACAUUCAUGAGCAAUAUGCUUUAUGCGUGUGGUAUCUUGUACAAGGCAAGGCUACCAUUGAUUCUGGCCUUCAACAAAGCUGACGUUGCCCGCCAUGAUUUCGCAUUGGAGUGGAUGGAGGAUUUUGAAGCAUUCCAGGCCUCUGUCGAGAGUGAUGCGUCGUACACAUCCAAUCUCAGCCGCAGUCUGGCAUUGGUGCUGGAUGAGUUCUAUCAAAACCUCAGCAGUGUUGGGGUCUCCGCUGUGACCGGCCUAGGGAUGGAGGACUUGUUUCAGGCUGUCGAGAAGGGGGCAGAGGACUACAUGAGCAAUUACAGGUUCUUCUUUGGCUCUGCAGGAGGGGUGGGGUCUCGGGUUCUCCCUGCGGGGUCUGGGGAUCACGUGCCGUCAGAUGUUUUAUGGUGAAGGCACAUCUUGACAGCCCAUGUUUCUUUGUAAUACCAAAGAGAAAUGUAGUGCGCUUUUUUGUGACUGAUUGUGGUGCUCGUCAAUCCGGGUCACUGCUCAGAGUGUUCUAUUCUAUGCUCAUGGGUUUCUGCACAACUUCGCUCUGGACCGUUUUUUUUUUUUUUUUUUUUUUUUUGAUAAGAACAACAAUGACCUGGAGAUAUGGUUGUCGAACUGGCCAACCCCAGGUUAGCAUUUUACACCUACCGGUAGUUCUCUGGACUUGAACCCGGAUUUGUAUUUCAACAGCUCAUGGGUGUACCAACUGAGCUAGGCCCAUUUGUACGCCAGACCUCCCUUUUCUCUGACAAUGCUUUGCUUUUGUGCUUUGGAAAAUUUUGGAUAGGGGUCUUGCUGCACUACUCUCGACAUGUACAAAAGACAAAAAACAUGGCGGUGUAUCUCUCUUUCCAUGUUCUAGCGGAAAAAUUCACUCCCGUUCUGCACAUGUCGAGAUCAGUGGAGGUAGGCCCUAGAUGUGGUGACACAUACGGAUGCACAAGCGGAGAUUCUUCUGGAUGCCUCCUGUUCUCUCUUUUUUUUUUUUUUUUUUUUUUUUUUUUCCGAUAACGGCCCCGUCAGUGUUAGUGCUGCUGAUAGGAGCAGACAGCAGAUGCCUUCUUUUCUCAACUUGCGUGUUGGGAAUUUCACUUUGACAAGAAUUCCUCUCUAGCGAGGCUUGGGAGUAUUUUCGUCUGUGCAGCGCGUUUGCUUUCUUUUGUUGUUCCUUUUUUUUUUGUGAUUGGCCAAUUUUUUUUCCCAUGCUCAGUAUUAAAAAG